UUUGGACUGCGCAAGCUGUCGCGAACGUGGGCAUGGGCGGCCUGGUGCCGACCACGGGGCAUGCCUUCUUUUUCUGGCUGUGCCUACACAUGUGUUGACUCCGGCCAUGACCAACAUCUAUCUGCACUCUACUAAAACCUCCCAUACACACCUACUCGGUUGCCGUCUGAACGCUUCUCCCAAGAUCCCCUCUCGCCAUGACGCGCCUGCGACGCUCUUGCCCGCUGCCGGGCGCUGGCCAGCAACACCACCGGUCGGCCGCACGAAGCGCAGUCCCCAGCCUGUCCCACCGCCAAAUCCGAUCAAAAAAACCCCUUCCACCCCGCAGGAUUCUUCGCCAGACCAUCGCAAUGCCUGCAGGGCCUCGCAUUUCGGCGCCUCGUAUCUGCACCUACCGCAAUACGAGACGAGGCUGAGAUGGACGUGAAUAGGCGACUGCCCGCGUCUACCUCGACACCACAGCUUACACCGCAAAUACCAUAAACAACACCAACUUCCGUACCGACAUCAAUCAUCAUGAUGGCCUCCGACUUCCACUUUGGCCGCAACACCCUCGAUGACCCGUCCCGUUUCGACCCCAUCGACGACCACCUUUACAUUCGCAUCUCAAAGACAAAUUCGCAAAUCAAGCACAGCGUUGAAAAGAAGCGCGAUGACGAGUUACUUGACGUAUUUGAGUCUCAAUUCCCCGCGCAUAAAGAUUGGUCGUUUGAAUUGCUGCUUUCGCCGCAGCCUUACCACUACACUCAUGAUCGAAAACGACUUCCUUUUCCCGAAAGGCUUCCGUAUUCCAAAGACGUCGUCAAGGCGCUGCAGACCAAGUGGAGCAUCGCCGACGUCUGUUUUUAUGCCCACCUGAAGAGUGGAUCGUGCUCUAUGCGGUUUACGCCCAAGCCGUUUGAUCAUGGCUGGAUAGGCUACACCAUCCGCAUGAUCUACAGCGUUCCUUUCCGCUGCUGCCUCGCAACCUCCCACAACACAACCACCCGCACAACCCACGCAAUCGUCUUCGGCAUCACCCCAUCCGACGCCCCAGCCCUCCUCUCCACCCUGCUCACCGCAAAGUCCCACGCCCACCAUCCUUGUCUGGCGCCCCUGCUCCUCUGCGAUAUGGCCCUCACCCGCCUCGAAGCCUUUUCCUACAAGACCUACCACGAUUUCCUGCCCGUCCGCGAGGCCAUGGGAUGUAAUCUGUAUUUCAACGAGGGGAGUGUGUAUACGGCGCCAGAUCUAGCGGAUAUGCCGAGGAGAUUGACGGCGUUGCUAAAUGCCGGCGCGAGCAAUACGGCGUCGGUGAGGGCGGCGGGGGUUGUGGUUGCGGAUCUGGAGGGGCUGCUGGACGUCUUCCGUGCUGGGAAGGAGUCCGAGGGUGGAGGCCGGCUGGAUGGAAGAAAAGGGGAAACGGAAGCAGAUGAAGAAGCGGAAGACGUUGUGGUGAAGAUGAGGGAUCAUCUUGCGCUGUUGAGACAGGUCGUGGGCAACAUGAAGAGGCGCAACGAGUAUCUGAAGGAGAGCGUGCAAGCGCAGGUUCAGAUGGUCUACGCCCUCCUAGCCCAGCAAGACAACGCCCUCUCCCACCGCUACGGAGCAGACAUGCGCGUCAUCGCCGCCGUCACCCUCGUCUUCCUCCCCGGCACCUUCGUCGCCACCCUCUUCAGCGCCUCGUUUUGGGACUUUAGCCCCGCUAACUCCAAUGGCCCUCACGUCUCGUCCUGGGUCUGGCUGUAUGUCGUCGUCACUAUUAGCCUUACUGCUGCGGUUUUGGCGGUUUGGAAGGGCGCGUUGAAGGGCGUGGGAUGGGGAUGGGGAUGCGUGCAACGUGGUGGUUGGAGGUGGUGGUUUGGAAGAAGGACGGACGGGAGGGGGAGGGGGAAGGGACUGGGGCUGAGGCGAAGUGACGACGUCAUGUAA